AUGCCUACCGGAUAUAUAAAUAAUAACGUAGCUAUAAAAUACCUCGAUUAUUUAAUUAAGUAUUCAAGAGCUGGGCUAGACAAAUCUUGGAAAAUCCUUCUCCUAGAUAGUUACGAAUCGCACGUCUAUAAACCAUUUCAAUUAAAGGCCGGGAAACACAAUAUUAAGCUAUUCUAG